AUGAAAGCAAAGAUAGAACGCCAGAUCUUCGGCCUCACUAGGAUAGCGGCCUCCACGUGGGGAUGUAGCGCGGCGCGAGCCUGGGAGGUAUACACCAAAGUGGUACAAAGCGCCAUCGCCUUUGGCGCGACGGCGUGGCAUACGCCAUCAGAGAGCAACCAGGCCCAAGGGCUAGCGAAGAAGAUGCUCACCACGCAAGCGGCGUGUUUAAGGGUGGUGGCAGGGGCCUUUAAAGCCACGCUGCGACAUUUGCUAGAGACAGAGACCGGUUGUCCCCUGCUGGACGCAUACCUGGAUAUGAGGGUGGCGGUGUUUGAAGGUCGAAUGUACGGAGAGGCCGGUAGACACGUUACUGCCAAAACAAGAAAGGUGGAAGAGAGGGCGAGAGACACAAGGUUGGCGGUAAUGGAAGCCGCAAGGAGACCCGCGCAAGGCGGCAGGCGGGGGAGAGGUCGGUCUCGGCGGUCGCCUUACGCAACAGCGUCCCCGCAGAAAGAUAACCUAACGGACCGGAAGGAGACGAUCCUAAAGUGGCUGGGCCAAGACCACCCGAAACAGGCACUGGAGAGGUCGUGGAGGAGUCGAUGGAUAGUUGCCGUCGCAAGAGCCAGCCAGACGGGAGUUGCUGCGAGGUCGCCAGCAGCUCAAGGAGAAUUCCCACAGGAGCUCGUAGGGGCGGUCCCGCAGUAUUACUACGGACUGCAGAAACACGAGGCGUCUGCCCUAUGCCAGGUCCGGACAGAGACCAUCGGCUUGAGGGCUUUCCUGUUCUAG